CUCAUAUUCGUGGCCGGUCUUGGUGGUCAUUACCUGGAGACAUGGAAACACAAAGAUGAAUAUGGCAAAGUAACAAUAUGGCCUCGCGAUCUUCUUGGCUUAAAGCAUUGCGGUGUUGAGAACGUACGAGUCUGGUCUUUCCACUAUAACACCACCCUACGAGGCGCCUCAGAUGCCACCAAGGUCACUGACCAUGCCCACGAGCUUCUCGACCUGCUCAUGAUGAAGCUCACCGGGGACUUGUUUCCUGUACCAGGGCCGGACGGUCGAUGGGAAUUCCAACUGAACCCCAUCAUAUUUGUGGGACACAGUCUUGGAGGCAUGUUGAUCAAACGGGCCAUGCUUUUGGCGAAUACCAGACCCAAUUAUCAUAUGUUCUUUGCAGUUCCGCAUCACGGUCUUGACAGGCAGGAUUGGAAAAAGUAUCUGAAAUUGGUCUUGAACAUCAAUUCUCCGCUCCGUGGCUUGACGCCAUCAUCGAGAAUGGAGGCGCAGGCAAUACAGAAUAGCGGCGUCCUCGCCGACAUUACUGACGAGUUCAGGAGGCUCCAAGAGUACCUGUUCUUUGUCAACUACGUCGAGGGCAAGGUGAUGCCAGAUUUGGAUGCACCGCUGGUCGAUGAAGGGCGCGGGUGGAUGGACGCCCCCCGGAAACUGCAGAUCAAGCUCGAAGGCCACCACCUGGACCUUUGCAGAUUCGCUGAGCCGAAUCCAAAUGUGCAAAAGAAAGGGGGCUUCCAGCUCGUGGUGUCGCACUUGAAGCACCUGAUGGGCGUGACCAAAGCACUGGAACACAUUGGUGAUGAUGCAAGGAGGGCUCUCGAAUCACUCUGCCCAACGGGCUUUCAUGGCUAUUUCAUGGCAAAACAAGCUACCACGGGGACCUGCGGAUGGAUCUCGGAACGAAAAGAAUUCCAAGACUGGGUUGAAGAUGACAAAGAGAGCCGAAUGCUUUGGAUUCAGGGUCCACCAGCGUCAGGAAAGAGCUUUCUCGCCCGCCACAUCAUCACAGAUCUGAUCCCUUCAUCGACAACACAGAAGGUCGCCCAUUGCUUCCUCGACGAGUCGGUCGCUGGACGCAGGACUUUGGUUGAUCUGCUGCGCGCGACUCUCCACCACGCCCUCCGCAUCGAACCAGAGCUGAUUCAACAUUAUCUGGUCCCGCCGUACCUGGAGGCGCAACGACACAGCAAGACGUCCAAUAACCCCCUCUCAGACGACAGCAUUUGGACCCUGGAAGUUCUGGUUCCACUGUGGCCGGAGGUGGUGUCCAAGGUAACCGCCCGCGACAUUCUUACUGUCGUAGUCGACGGUUUUGAUGAAAUGUCACGCGAUUGCCAGGACGGUUUCUUCAGUUGCAUUGAUGAUUUCACGGCUAAGGCCGAGUCACAGGAACAACGAGAGCGUCUCAAAGUCCUUUUGAUUUCACGUGAGGACGGUAAACUCAAGGAACGGAAAGACUUUCAACACUAUUUCAUAACCACGGAAGACAUCCGAGAGGAUGUUCAGAAGACGGUGAUGGCGGCUCUGACAAACAUCGACAACUGGGACGGUCCUGAAAUGGACAUGGUUCAACGACGUCUCAAUUCGCUAGAUACAGCUCAGGUGAAAAAGAUAUGUGAUAUCGUUGUGGAGAGCUCAAACGGUGAUCAUCAUUUGGCAAAUCUAAAAGCCCAGGAGUUGUUCGGUUCUUUGGUUAUUGAGCCCAUCAGCACGACAGCAGCCCUAGCGAAAGAGCUACCCAACGACACUGCCAGCAUGUACGACCGGGUCUUGAGGCGGGCACAGCGAAAUACGACCUACCAACCUUUUCUCAAACACAUUCUGCGAUGGGCGGCGUUUCAGAUUGAACCUCUCAAGGAGGCCGAGGUAAACACGGCAGUAGCUCUCAGCAUGGCGCAAGAUCAAGUGUCCCAGCGGCGAGUGACCACAUUAGAAUUGGAGAGUUUGCGAAACCUAGUAGGCAGUACAAGGGCCAUGGUCCAGCAACAUGGACGACGGCUUGUCGAGGUGAAGGAAGGUGUUCUCCAGCCCGUCAAUCAGACACUGAAGAGUUGUCUCACGAAACCUAGGAAUGAUCAGUCCCUUCAUCUAGAGGAAAUGUCUUCUCAUGCCGCGCUCGCCAAGAUUUGCAUCGAGUACCUCACGAUGCCAUACUUUGCAGACUCUCGGCAGCCCACAGCAAGCUCUCUUGAGGACAAGGUCAAGAAGAGGAUCGAAGAGCACCCCUUUAGUUGUUAUGCUGCUCCCCACUGGGAUGAUCACGUUGCAGCAGCUGGGUCUGUAUGGGGUGAAGCUGACAGUCAUAUCGUUCAAGUUCAACAGCUUCUUCGGGACGAGACAACCCACUAUGGGAUAUCCUGCGCAGAAGUCCGUUGGUAUUUGAAGAGAAGAACCAUGGACGAAUUUCCUCUUUCUUACCGGGGCGCCUUGGACGAGGCUCCAACGGCGGCCUCCACGCCACUGUCAGUCGUGGAUUCACCCCCCCUCACGGAGUCACCAGACACGGUCUUCGAAAGUUCUGGAGACGUUGCAGCCACCGGAAUUACGAUUAGGUCGCUGAACCGGGAGCACGAGGUCAAGCAAGACGACCCUACCCCGGCUGGACGUAUCAACCAUGCUGGGCCUGCCGUCCGUGAUCAGGAUGCCGUAUCAGGGGUCGGUCAUCCGCGGGGGCCCCUUGACGUUGACACGAAUUUCCAGAACUUGGUUGCUUUGUCCCACGGACCAAUUCAAAGUCUAAAUCAACUUGAAAGAAAGGGGGCCGGCGAGGCAGCAAAAAGUCCCAUUGCAGUUCAACGCCAUCCAGAGCGAACCGCUGCACUUGAAAGGCACGAUCAGCCACCUGAACGAUCGGCUCUAUCAGGAACAACGCUGCCUCUGCGUUAUGUGGAACGACGUAAGACUCGUAGUCUGCGAGAUGUUGACCCCCUCGAACUGCUGCAACCAAAGGAGGCCACAGGCAUUGUGGAUUCCCUGAGAAAAGCCGACAAAGAUCCCGUCAGCGUGGGGGAGCAGUCCAUGCUAAAUGCAAGUGUGAAUCCUCCAGUUCCUCAGCCGACAACUGCCGCCCAGUUCAGCAAUCACAGGCCUAGUCAAAAUGCGCCCACACGGCCCACCGACCGCGGUGUUUCUAACAUCGCAGGGCAAAGCCAAACCAGAAGGGACCGCGAACACAGGAGCUUCUACGACAGACUUCAACAAGAUCCAAAUCUGAUGGACGUCGUACCACCACCACCUGACCUAGAUCUGGAACGGAGAACAAUGAAUGCCAUGCUAAACACUAAUACACCAUCCCAACAACCUGCUCCACCGACGGUCAGCCUUCUUCCUAACAUUGUACCUGUAUCACCGCAGCAAUCUCCCAAAAGACAAAGCGUUGAUCCCGCACCACUUGAGCCUCGCUCAAACGCUUCUAGAAGAUCGGAGGAAACGACUUCAAACCCCGCACACGCCAGCACAAAGAAACCAACAGAAGCACGCAAAUCCGAAGAACCUGUCAGCCAUCGUGCUGCUGCUGUCAGACCGCCAUCAACUAAUAGACUUCCACCAGCGGCAGUCCCUACUUACCCCAAUCUGUCCCCAACUACCUAUACAGCAGAUAACAGAGAUACACGUUUCAGGAAUGAACCACAACCCCAACCCGGUCUCGACUCCGCACAAUUUCCCUACCUGCAUGAUGAUGACCAGUCUCAAGAUGGGUCAGAACGCAGCGAGUCAGUGGCUGGGGGUGAUACACCGGCACAAAAGGCAAAGCGAGGCCUGCUUAGAAGAGCGCUGCACAAGACAGCCAAGAGAGUGGAUGAGGCGAGCAAGAGAAUUGGUAUGACCUCCGCAUUUGUUUUCAUGGCUGGAGGAUGUGAUGCUGAUAUUCUUGAGGGGUUGUAG